AUGAGUAUGAAUGAUAGCACACAAAGUUCAUUGACGGAUGGAAAUACAUCGACAAUAUUUGUCGAAAAAUUAUUUCAAAAAAUAAUACUUGGUUGUUUCCUUUCUAGUUUAUCAAUAUUUACUGUUUGCGGAAAUAUUUUAGUAUUAUAUGCUAUACAAACAGAAAAAAAUUUACGAACAGUAUCAAAUUUAUUUAUUCUUAGUUUAGCAUUAGCUGAUUUAGCUGUUGGUCUAUUUGUUAUGCCUUUAAGUGCAGCUCAAAUAAUUGCUGGUCGAUGGCCAUUUUCAUCUGUUAUAUGUAAAAUGUGGUUAUCCAUUGAUUAUGUUGCGAGUACGGCCAGUAUAUUUAAUCUUGUUCUACUCAGUCUUGAUCGUUAUUGGGCUGUUGUUUAUCCUUUACGUUAUCUACGAAAACGUACACGUCGACGAGCAACAGUAUUUAUUCUUAUUGUUUGGUUUAUAGCGUCAUUAUGGGCUCCGGCUAUUAUAUUUUGGUCAUAUAUUGCUCCUCAACAUAGUGAUACAAUUAAACAAAAUGAAUGUGACACAUCAUUUCGUUCGAAUAAAACAUUUAAAACAUUGACAGCUUUAGUUAAUUUUUAUUUUCCAUUAUUAACUAUGAUUAUUGUAUCAUGUCGUAUAAUGGUUGCUAUACGUUCACGUUCUCAAAUGGAAUAUGGUCGACGAUUAUCAUCAACAACACAAAAACAAAUGAAACUAGAUCGUACUUUUAAAACAUCAAUACGUGAUGAAAAUCAAACUAAUUUCAAAUUCAAUAAUACUUCUAGACCUUUAUUACCACCAAGAAUUGUUACUAACCCACUCGAUUCAUCUAUUCCAGAUUAUCAACCCAUAUCUAAUAAUAUUAAUGAUAAUAUAACACCGACGAUUGAGCCUGGUCAAUGUUUUUGUUCCACAUGUCAACCAUCUAAUGAAAAUGAUAAUGAGAGUCUUUGGGAAGUACAACAAAGUCCAAUAAAAAAGUCUAAUUUAUCACAAACAAAACAUUUUUCAUUUGCUCAAAUAAAACCUCUAUCAAGAAUAUUUUCACCAAAAAAACUUACAGAAGAAAAUACAAUACGUAAAAGUCUAGAAGCAUAUAAAACUACAUAUGAUAAUGAUAAUAUAAAAAUAAGAAAUUCUUUCAGUGAAUCAAAUAAUAUGAAAUAUUCAAUGAUUAUUUAUUCAAAUGAACAUUCACAAAAACAUUUAUCACCAGUUUUAGAAAAAGCAUCAAUUAAACAAUCAACAUCAUCGUUAAAUAAAAUACCAAUUAAACAAUCAAAAUCAAGAACAGUGUCAAUAACAUCAAGUUUUUCGGAUGAAUGUGUUGAACCAAUAUUUUUUCAUUCAACAGAAGAUCAACAAAAAUCAAAAUCAAUAGAAAAUAUGACUAUACAACAACCAACAAUAUCUAAUCAAUCACAACCAAUAAAUUCAUCUCCAAAACUAGCAAAAACAGUAACAGCAGCAGCAGGAGCAGCAGGAAAUGAUUCAAUAAUGACAAACAGACAUGAUUCAUCAGCAUAUUCCUCUACCCAUAAUACACCCAAAAUGAGUUUCUCUUUUUUCCAUACACUUAUUAAUCCAAGUCAUUCCAAGUCAUUACAAAAAGAACUUAAAGCAGCUAGGCAAUUGGGAAUGCUUGUUGGUGUAUUUACUGUUUCAUGGUUACCAUAUUUUAUUUUAUUUUUAGUUGUUGCUUGGUGUAAUCAUUGUGUAUCGGAUACUAUAUUUGUAGCAUCAAUAUGGCUUGGUUAUCUCAAUUCAACAUUUAAUCCAUUAAUAUAUCCUCUAUGUAAUGCACAUUUUCGUCGUGCCUUUCAAAAAAUUUGUUAUUGUAAACAUGAAAAAACAAAAUUACCUAAUUUAAAUGCUUUACGUGAACUUCAAGUAUUACAUGGGAUGAGACAACGACGAUAA